CGCAGCGAGAGGACGAAAGGGAUGCUGAGCCCAACGGUGCCAUAAAACAAUCACGGACGAUUGGAUAUCUCCCGUCCCGCCCUGGAGUUUUUCUUCUCUUUUCAUAAUUUUGUCUGUCUGUUUUCAUCCACACACCUGGAUUUUAAGGCGUUGGCUUGGCUACAUUGAUGGGUUGCUGAGAGGUCACGGGAUAGGUGACUCACGAUGGCCGUGGCUUUGGAUGCAGUGUGGGUGAGGGUGAAGAAUGUCUGCAAACAGAAUGGGCUCCUCAUCAUGUCGGUGCUGGCUGUGGUCAUCGGGUGUCUUUUGGGAUUCUUCCUGAGGACACGGCGCCUCACAGAGCAGGAGGUCAAGUACUUCCAGUUUCCUGGGGAACUGCUGAUGAGGAUGCUGAAGAUGCUCAUUCUCCCGCUCGUUGUGUCCAGUUUGAUGUCAGGACUCGCCGCCCUCGACGCCAAGUGUUCCAGUCGACUUGGUCUGAUCACAGUGUCUUAUUACCUGUGGACCACCUUUGUGGCCGUGAUAGUGGGGAUCAUCAUGGUCUCCAUCAUCCAUCCGGGUGGCGCAGCCCAGAAAGAGGACUCCGAGGACAGCGGCAAGGCAAUCAUGAGCUCUGCUGAUGCUCUGCUUGACCUCAUCCGUAACAUGUUCCCAUCUAAUCUGGUCCAGGCCACAUUUCAGCAGGUAAGAGCUUCAAAUUUAGGACAUAAAUGCACGUCCCUCUCUGCUUCUGUCUCCAUUCCCUGGCAACAGUAUCGAACAAGUAGUGAGUACAUUGUGAAACCCAAGCCAACCAUGAGUCAGACCCAAUCAGAGUCCACCACACGGCGAGCACUCAUCUACGGUAUCCAAGACGAUAAUGGAACUGACAUCCAGAACUUCGCCCUUGACCUGACUCCACCCCCUGACGUGCUCAUACGCACGCGGGAAGGAACAAGCGAUGGCAUGAAUGUCCUCGGAAUUGUUAUUUUUUCAGCCACCAUGGGUAUUAUGCUGGGAAGGAUGGGGCCAAAUGGCAGCGCAUUGGUGAACUUCUGCCAGAGUCUGAAUGAGGCCGUGCUGAGAAUUGUUGCCAUUGUAAUAUGGUACUUCCCAUUUGGCAUUGUGUUCCUGGUGGCCGGCAAGAUCCUGGAGAUGAGUGAUCCGUCAGACAUGGGGAAGAAGCUGGGUUUCUACGCGGUCACGGUGGUGUUUGGUCUGGUGUUGCACGGCUUGUUCAUCCUGCCUGCCAUGUACUUCUUCAUUACCAAAAAGAGCCCCAUCGUUUACAUACGGGGAAUCCUGCAGGCCCUGCUGAUCGCCCUCGCAACCUCCUCCAGCUCUGCCACGUUGCCUAUAACCUUCAAGUGCCUCUUGGAGAACAACCACAUUGACCGCCGCAUCAUCCGCUUCGUGCUGCCCGUGGGCGCCACCAUCAACAUGGAUGGCACCGCUCUCUACGAGGCCGUGGCAGCGAUUUUCAUCGCGCAAGUCAAUAAUUAUGAGCUGGACUUUGGCCAGAUCAUCACCAUCAGCAUCACAGCCACUGCAGCCAGUAUUGGUGCUGCAGGGAUCCCGCAAGCCGGACUGGUCACCAUGGUGAUAGUGCUAACGUCCGUCGGGUUGCCAACCGAUGACAUCACUCUCAUUAUUGCAGUAGACUGGGCACUAGACAGAUUCCGCACCAUGGUAAAUGUGAUGGGGGAUGCUUUGGCGACAGGCAUCAUGGCACACAUCUGUAGGAAAGACUUCUUGAAAGAGGGAGAUGGGGUGCCUCUGAUCUGCGAAACCAAACCCACGUUAAACACCCCGCCCCUGAUGAACUGUCACAACAACGGCAGCUACAGGCCCCCUUCCUCGGGGGUCAAACCUGAGCUCCUCCCCCCCGACGUGGCCCGGCUCAUGCGGCUGGAGGAGGGCGUCCGGCCGCUGCCGGAGAGGAAGAGGCCUCCGAUUCCUCCGAGGCACCUGAAGAAAAGCAAAGAACACUGCACCGUUGACAUGAAUGGCCUUGAGACCAACGUAUAGCCUCCUCCUGGAGUUGGACGGGUCGCCUGCGCAGUCGUGCCGAACACAAUUUCAGAGCAAAGGGACACCUGUACGGGUCUGAGGACGGCACAACUGAGCUCGUCCUCUCAGCAUGGUUUUUGGUUCAAAUGUUCCAGGAGACACCACGCGGUCGCCAUAGUAGCUGUGGAAUGGCUCCUACAAGACUGAAAAGACCCAAGUUGGCUGUGGAAUUAAAGACACCAGAAGGACAACGGCGUAUUUCUUUACAUAAAUCAUGUCCUUUGUCUGGACAUUCAUGGUGAACUCGCAACCUAAACGCCCAGACUCUGAAGCGUGAGUACUUGCAUUGAUUAACUGAGUCCCUAUUUGAUAUCUACAUUUUAUAUGAUUUGCUCAUUUCUUUUUUUCUUUUUUUGUCUGUGUGCGACAUGUUAUUAAAAAAGGGUUUACUAUGUUUUAUAGUACAGUCAUAUAAGAGACGAGUGAGAACUGGUGUGAGCUGAAUGACGAGGAGGCACGAGGAAAUGUCCCGUUUGUUAAAUUUUGCCUUAACAACGCUGGUGUUGCUAGGCUGACGAGAGAGCAGGAGCAAAAUCUUCACCAACCACUGUGGUCAAGUUUUGAUGGUAAUACAUUGGAAAAUUUGAAGGGUUUUCGUGGCUUCAUUUGAUUUAACUCACCUGGCACUUGAGCAGCCCAAUGGUGCGUUCACAACGGACGCGACGCGAAUUAUUCGCACGAGUAGAUUACAUACAAAGGCAAUGCAAAGACGCAAGUAGACAAAAUUCAUCGCAUCAUCGAGUCGGGCGACGGCAAUUUCGCGAAUGGCGUGAUGCAGCGCAAAGACGCGGUUGUUUACCUGCGCGUGUGUGUGUGUGUCUUUGUCUGCAUGUGUUUGUUCAGAUGAGGAUUGUCCGGGAGAAAGCGGAAAGAAGAACGGGCAAAUAUUCGCACGAAUGACGCAGAUAAGCUCAAAUGUUUGCUUGCGACCAAACCCGCGUGAGCAAAGCGACAGUCGCAUCGCGUCCUUUGUGAACGCAACAUAAGAACAACCACUGGUAAUGCAACAAAAAUCAAGUUGUUCCUUGUUUGUUGGUUGAGUGGGUUUGAAAUAUACUGUAUCAUUCUAUAUUUACACACACACAACGCUUUUCUGCUGUAUUGGCGGAUAUAAAGUAACUUGUCGCCAUGAUGCACUGAAAGCCAUUCAUUCAUGUUCAGCUUGGGUGUUUUCAUGUCUCUCUGUAAUAAUUCCUCCUGUCCUAACUCGCCAUCAAGUAUUUGCACUGUUACAGAAUGAAAAAAGGGAAGAAAAAUAAUCUGCUUCAUUCAUCAGAUAUUUGCUGUCUUUAUAGACAGUAAUACGCACUGUAGUUCAUUUUGUAGUGAGCAGAAAAUAUGAAAAUUUGGCGAUUGUGAAUCAUUCUCGUGCGUCAUCACUGAUGCAGCUGUAGUGUCAUGGGACUUCAUUUUUUUAAAUCUACGUAUAACAAGCAAAGCUUUUUUUUUGCGCCAUUUUUUCAAUCUACUGUGGGACUUUGUGCAAAAAUGUGAACACAAUGAAUUUACUGCACUACAGUGUAGUUACACAUUUACUUCACACAUAUGCUUACGGUCCUUAUUCUGUGCAAAAAAUGCAUGCCAAUGUUCAGCCAAAGGUAAAAGGUACCAGUGUUGAGUCUGACAAAUCAAAGGGAGUUGUGCACCGUCAGAACUGGAUUACAACUCAAAGUGUACCACCCGCAACUUGAACGUUUGUCCUGCUUCAUUCACACCCAUUUGAUGGCUCUUCCUCUGGUUUGUGAGCUGACAUUCUGAAGCCUCGAGUUUAGCGUUUCGACCAGCGCCAUCUUGGGGCUGGGGGUGGUUGCGACCAAGAUGGCGCUGGAGCGGGGUUUGGUCUGGCUGAGAGCUCGUCCACUGUGCG